GGAGGCACGGACGUCCCUGCGCGUGGGUGGCCUUCUGGCCUGACAGGGCCCUUGAGGUUUUUCGAUGUGUGUGCAUUUUGCCAAAGCGUUUCAGCAGCUACUGUGAAAUCUUUUUUUUCACAUUUUCUUUUCAGCGUAGAGAGCUUUUUGCCCUUUUAACCUUUUGCUCAAUGAACAGCUGCUGGCUUUACAUCCUUGCCUCAAAAGUCACAGAGGAGAGGUGAAAAUGAAAAUGUCCUGUUUUCCACUCGUCUUUGCAGCACGAGACAAGGAAAUUCUUGUAAAUAAGAUGUGUUGCAAUCUAGAUUUGAGAGUCCUAAUCAAGAGACUGUUCCUUUUACUAAGAAUAACUGGAUACCUGCAGUACAAGCAUGGAAGUGGUCUUGCAUUAUCGACCACACCAGAGAGAUCUAAUAAAACUGCAAAAAUUUGCAGAAGCAGCAGUGAAGGAGUUUCCCAUUCGUCAGUUACCAAGAUUUACACCCUGGUUUCCAAAUGAUUUAAACAGACUUCCCCUCAAACCAAAAAGGCAGCCACCUAUUAUCUCUUCUGAGGAAGCGGAAGAAUUAAAACAACUUUCUGCAGCUUCAGAAUAUAUUACAGGAUUUCCUGAUUAUGACUGCACAAAAAAUCUCCUUGAGUUUCAGUCUAACCUGAGUCAUGGGCAGACUUCAGUCCAAGCUCGAACUGUUCACAGACCAAUUAACUUGGAGAAUCGAGAAGAACCACCAUCUAAUGGAAAACAAAAAUUGAAAAGGUCUUGGAGUGUCUCUCUCCCUAGUGCUAAGAUCAAAGAAAAGAGUCUUCCUUUGUCUCAAGAACUGCAGAAUAAUUUGGAAAGGCUGAAACUGGAUGUAUUUUGUAGAGCAAAGUGGACAAUUGAACAGUCUGUUUGUAAUAAUCAAACUUUGGAGGACAUCUGGAUAAAACUGAAUAGGCUCAUCAAACACAAUGAAUUGCCAUCUUGCAAUGCUACAAUCCAAAGAUCUGUGGGCCAGAUAUGGAUUUUCUGUGAUAUAUUAUACUGUGAAUAUGUUAGAAAUGUUCUUAGGGAAAGGCUAAGCCUUACUGAUAAAAUGAAUUUGCUUGUGCAUAAAUUUGGAAUUAUUUUUAGCUCGUAAUUUUAUGAUAGAGUUCCAUAAUAAUGCUGCUAUCUGAAGUACUAGAGUUUUUAAGCAGCUUAGAAGAUACAAACUUUGGAACAACCAAUGAAUUAAAGAGCAGGAAACUAUUAAAUAUUUUUUGGCUACAAUUUUUCUUUAUUUAACUUUAUUUGACCAGGAAUCUUAUGAGUGCUUCUAUUAAGAUUGGUAUGUUUCUGUUUGGUUUAGAACUGCAUUUAUUAAGCUUUUCUCUACAUCAGUUGUCUAGGAAAAAAAUCUGUUGUCUAGACUGUUAUGGCAAGCUGUGUCAGAUAAUAAAAGUUAUGCUUUCAGUCAAGCCAAGUAUUUCCUCACUGUGCUGUUUUGAUUAAAAUUAGAAGGAGAAAGAAAAGAUAUUUUGAAGUGGGUCCAUCACACAUGGCAGUGUGAUAAUCACUGUAAAGAACAGGGUUUUUCGUUUUGUUUUGUUUUGUUUUCUACCAAGACUGUCAAGAUCUGAGUAUUUCCUGGAAGUAAUUCUUUUAUGAAGGAAUUAAAAUUAAAUAUAUUAAAUACAAACUUUAAAUACAGAAAAUUGAAACUUUCCGUUCUAUUCAAACACUGUCUGAAUGAUGUUGUUAGUAUUUUCCCAGAAGUAUUAGUGAAAGUUUCAGUGGAAGUUGGAUGCUCUGGAAUAGUGGACAUCUUUAUUGUUUUCUAUUUUGUGACUUUUGUACUAAUAUUUCUUCUGAGGUUGCUCGUCUUUGGUCUGUGACCUAUAUAGGAGCCUCUAAUUAUACUGGGGAACAAGAAAGCACGAACUUCCAUCUGUAAGUCAGGAAAUUAAGAAAUCAGGCUUCUAUCUGUAAACCUCUAUUUGUUGUUGUUAUAGAAGGUAACGGUCUCUGAAGAUCAGAACGUAUAUUUUGCAGGGCUGAGUUCAGCAUGACUUUUUGUCAUCUGAAAGAAUAAACUGUUUCAAGGUCAUGCUAUCUGUGCUCAGUGCCAUGUCUGGAAGGUCAGUGGAGCAAGUAAACUGGUAUCCACGUAACUGCAUGGGUCUGUAUUUCUCGUAGGGAAUCCGAUUAACUCCUCUCCAGAUAAUCCCGUUGUCGCUGGAGAUAAAGGUUUGUGGCAUCGGAAAGAAAAAGGGAAAAACAGUGAGUGAAGGGUCAUCUCAGAUUGUUAAAAUGUCGUAAAGACUGAUCAAAUUGGAGGGCACAUAAGUAUAGCCUCAGGAGAUCCCUCUCUGUGAAAACGAAAUACUUAACCUCUGUCCUUAUGCUGGAAUAACAAUGUUUUAUUGUCGGGAUUACCUAUCUCUUUGUAGUUUAAAAUUUAUGAUAUUACUCAAAUUGGAUCAUUGGCGUAUGUUUCUAAACUGUGACUGAAUGUUCAAGGAGUCUUAUAUUGAUAUUCAGGGAUUUUAUUUGAGACUUAAGAUUACCCGUAACUCAGGGUCAUUAUUAGUUUUAUAUCAACAGAUUAUUUCACUGAAAUUGUUUUUCUAAUCUUAAAGAUAACUAGUAACAAGAAUUUAACAGUCAGAAUUUAAAAAGCAAUAAUGGGGUACAAUGCAGCAUGAUUCGGGUUUUGUUUUAUUUAGUGUUGUGUUUUGCAUCUAUGUUGUUGAAAGAAAUGCAAGAUUUGUUAAGCAAGGAUAGGUAGUCCUGCAAAGAUACAGUAUUUUCUAAGGCUAAUUCACUAGUGAUACAAUGAUAUUCUGCAUAAUUUAUGUGUUUUGACUUCAUGCAGAGAUGAUUUUUAUUGCUGUUGUCUGUUUUAGGCGUGUCAUUAAACUUGAGCAGCAGUUAUUUCUUUAGAAAGAGUUGGCAAGUACUAGUUUAUGAGCUUACUGUAGAAUUGAAUGCAAUUAGGCAGUUGUCAGUAAUGCAGUCCCAUUCUGUUUGCUUAAUGUACCCAGAACAGAGGUAAACAAACGUUUUGCCAAAUAUCAGCAGUGAUUGGUGUCACGUUUCUCAGUGACAGCUGUCAGCUUUCUGCCACUUCGGGUUGGCUUGUAUACUAAUAAAGGUACCUGCACUGCUAAUUGGGAGCAACUCACUGUAGAGUAAUAAGUA